GAUAUACGUCCAUUGCCUGCAAAAACGUACCAAAGCUCCUCAUUUCUUUAAUGCAUAAACGUGCACUAAAUACUGUUCAUUUUCAACCAUUCCAAUAAACCAAGUUAUAGCCAACAGCUACCACUACCAUCCCAAUUCACCCCACACUCACACCAACUUCAUUCACAAAUCAUAAACCACCCCUGUUGUUCCUUUUGGUGUUGAAGAAGACAAGACCAAUGGUCUACCCUAUCGAUGGACGACCCCAACUCACCCGAUCUCACUGCAUCCUUUGCUUUUAGAUCCACAACCACAACCCCAUCUCAGAACAUCUUCUUGAGAAGCCAUUCCACAAAAGAAACACCUUUCUCUAACUUUCUGCUCUCCCCACCACGCCUCUCUUGUCCCACACUUUCUCGAAGCCUCCAAAACUCUCCCAUUUCUUCCCCUAUCCACCGUCAGUUCUCAUCACCUUCUCCCACAAAACUCUCUGAUUCUGACCCUCAAACAACCUACCACUGCGCCUCUUCUGUCCUCAGAAACGAUGGCCAGAUCCUCUCCAUUGCCUUGUCAUCCAACGGUUUGGUCUACACCGGUUCCGACUCCAACCUCGUGAGGGUGUGGAAGCUCCCCGAGUUCACCGAAUGUGGACAACUCAGGACCAAGGCUUGUAGAGUGGUGGCUCUGGAAGUGUCCAAUGACACGGUUUAUGCAGCCUAUGGGGAUGGGAAAAUAAGGGUGUGGAGAAGAACGUGGGAUAAGGUGUUGAAGCAUGUUCGGUUGUUCACCAUCCCCAAGACACUUGGCUAUGUCCGUAGCUACAUCGCCGGCAAAGACAAGACAAUGCACAAGGGGAUAAUAACGUCCAUGGCAAUUAACACAGCAGAAGACAUUCUAUACACAGCAUCCGUAGACAAAACGGUGAAAGUGUGGCGAAUCUCAGACCUCAAGUGCAUAGAGACCAUCAAGGCUCACCCGGAGGCAAUCAACGGGAUGAUAGUGGCAGAUGACGGGGUUCUAUACACAGCCUCAGACGACGCGACAGUGAAAGUGUGGCGUCGAAACUUCUGCAGCCACGACCAGCCUCACUCGCUCACAGUAACCCUCCACGCCAAAUACUCCCCAGUCAAGGCCCUAACGCUCACCCCAGACGCAGGAAUCCUCUACGGCGGCUGCACCGAUGGCUACAUACACUUCUGGCUCAAGGGCUGGUUCGCCGGACAGUUACAGUACGGAGGGUCCAUCCAGGGGCACACGCAUGCAGUCAUGUGCUUAGCCAGCGUCGCCAAAUACCUCGUCAGUGGCUCCGCUGACUCCACCAGUAGGGUUUGGGCCAGAGAGCAGGAUGGCACCCACACCUGUGUGGCUGUUCUCGUGGGCCACAGAGGGCCCAUUAGGUGUGUCACAGCCUUCACCGGAGGAGGCAGGUUGCCUCAUGCUGAGGAUAAUGAAGAUAGUUGCACCAUUUGCACUGGCAGCCUUGACGGGGUCUUGAAGGUUUGGCGUGUCACUCAUAAGAAUGCAAAUUCUAAUUGCUCUUCCCCUCCUUCCCAUGCCCCCAAGUAUUUUGAACUCUACAAGGGACUUUGAUUGCAUUGCAUUCUCACUUUCCAAUUUUUGUACAUUCAUUCAUCCUAUCUAUCACCACCUUUUCAUCUACAA